AUGGUGGAUUCAACGGGGGGUGAGAAACCUAUAACCCAACGAAGUGGGUCUUCACCAGAUAUUCUGGAGUCCCUUCGACUAAUUGAAGAUUUAAAGUUCUUCCUAGCCACAGCCCCAGCAAAUUGGCAUGAAAAUCAAGUAAUUAGAAGAUAUUAUUUGAAUCACGAUGAAGGCUUUGUGCUGUGUGUGUUUUGGAAUAACUUGUAUUUUAUUACUGGGACUGAUAUUGUCAGAUGUAUUGUUUAUAAAUUUGAACAUUUUGGGAGAAAGAUUAUUGAUAGAAAGAAAUUUGAAGAAGGAAUAUUUUCAGAUUUAAGAAACUUGAAAAUUGGUACAGAUGCAAUAUUAGAAGCUCCAAGAUCAGAAUUUUUGGAGUUUUUAUUUAAAAAUUCAUGUCUUAGAACUCAAAAGAAACAGAAGGUAUUUUUUUGGUUUAAUGUUCCACAUGAUAAAUUAACUGCUGAUGCCUUAGAUAGAGAUUUGAAAAAAGAAAAAUUGGGUCAAAAGGCAACCACCGUGGCAGUAAAUGAACCAGCAUUACUGUUUUCUUAUGACGAGGAUAAACCAUUUUUGAAUCAAUUAGAAGAACAUUUAAAAGCUCAGAAUGCCAAAUAUAAAAGAGAUAUUCAAACUCCUGCAACGGUAACUAUUUCAAAUGGUGGUGGUCCUCCAUCAAAUACGACAAAUAUGUCAAUGCCUUUAAUAUCAGAUAAAUCAUCAUCUUAUAGUGGUAUCCCCAAUAAUAAUAGCCAUUAUAAUCAUAAUAAUAAUAAUAAUCAUAACCAUCAUAAUAAUAAACCUUAUGCCUUAGCCAAAGGGCCAGUUUCAGAGUUCAAUAAUACUACUAAUAAUAAUAAUUCAGAAAAUUAUGAAUUCUUGGGCCAAGAAACUCCAGCUCAUUUCAAACAAUCUGAUGAAGAUGAAGAUGAUUUCCCUUUGGAUUACUUCCAAAACCCAACUAAUAACGAUGAUUAUAUUCAAUUUGAUCCCAACUUCCAAUACUCAAUAUAUCCAACAGGUAUACCAGAUGAUAAACCCAUUGACUUUGUUGUUGAUCCAUCUAUACUAUUCAACGGAUCCACGACUCCAACAACUAAAUUAGUUUUCAAUGAAGAAUAUCUAAUAGAGCAAACAGUACCGUUAAAGGCACCUCCUUUGCCUCCCACAAUUGAUGCUGGAGGGGGGCCUAUGUAUAUGCAACCACCUCCAACUGCUGGUAUAGUGGGUCCACAAUUAGCAUAUCAUCCACCACCUUCAGCUUCCAAAUAUUCCUACUACUUUCCUUAUUCCUCAGACUAUCCCCAAUACCCGGUUUCUGCCAAGUACCAAACAUCAUUCCCCAAAUAUAGUACUCUGCUGCAACCCUCGCAACAGCAGCAAUCAGCAACAGGUGCAUCAACAUCAUCUUAUCCCCAAGACACACAUGUUAAGCACGAAUAUGAACCACUGACGAAGAGAAAGUUUCAUCAACAAGAUCAAAGAAAUGACCCCCAAGGUCUUUAUCCAGAACAAGAAGUAUGGCCAAUGGCAGUGCCUGUGACCCCAAUGUAUCCUCCCUCAGCUUAUCCAUCACAUGGAGCAGAUCCUUAUCUAUCUGUUCCCAUGAAUCAACCGUACUUGGUAUAUGAUGGAGAUUAUCAUAAUCCAUACAUGGUUUCUUCACCCAUGACUAAAUACGUCCCCCAGUCCGCAAACUCUGGGUAUCGCUCUGGACAACCUGGAGGACUUCAAUCUCAAGAGCCUGGGAAUGGUCAAAAGAAGAAUAGAACAGUUCAAUCUCAAUCUCAAUCUCAACUACUAUCUGUGCCUACAGCAAAGAGACAACAAUCACGAUCUAUAGGCUCAGGAGGAGGUGCUAUCAUGAAGAAGUCUGAAACCACGAGAUCAUCAUCAUCAUUUGGUAAAUUGGAGAAGAAGGCUAUGGCUCUUGAAGAUGUUGUUCAAUCCAAAAUUGCAAAGACUCGAAAUCAAGCAGCAAAUGCAGCAUCAUCCUCAAUUGCUAAUGACACUAAUAAUGAAUUGAUGAUUGCAACACCUGAUUCUUCUGCUUCUGAUACAAAGCUUAAAUGA